AUGCACGACAAGUUUGAAGACGCCAUCCGCAAUGCUGAGAACCAGCUCAAAGUUGCCGAACUUGAAAACAAUGAGUUGCUCCAGGCAGAUUCGUGGUUCAAUCUUGGCUCACUUUAUCAUACACGAGCAAGAGGAAUGUUGCAGAAGAUAAGUACAACGUGCUUCCCUAGUGCUACUGAAUCCGAUCUGUGUGGAUGGCCCAGUAAGCGGCCCACUUAG